GACUGCGUCACUGGGCUGGGUAGAGGGGCGGUUCUCCGGGGGCCAGGACUGGGCACUGCCGAGAGGAGUCCUCGCUGUCCGCUUCCCCCGUGUUUUUCCCGGGGCCUGGGCAAGCUCCACGCGUGUCUGUGGAAGGCGGAAACGGCUGCCGUCUCCCGCGCAGUUCUUCGCCCGCGAUGUUCGGGGGCUUCGAGCUGCAGCCGCAGGACGGGGGCCCCCGGGUGGCCCUGGCGCCCGGGGAGACCGUGAUCGGCCGCGGGCCGCUGCUAGGAAUAACAGACAAGAGAGUAUCCAGAAGACAUGCCAUUCUUGAGGUGGUGGGUGGUCAGCUUCGAAUCAAACCGAUACACACAAAUCCAUGUUUUUAUCAGUCUUCUGAGAAGAGCCAGCUUUUACCACUGAAGACAAAUCAAUGGCGCUGGUUGAAUCCUGGAGAUAGUUUUUCUUUGUUAGUUGACAAAUACAUUUUCCGUGUUUUGUCUACACACUCUGAAAUGGACAUGGAACGUACCUUAAGAAACAGUCAAAUGCUUGAUGAGGAUGACAUACUUAAUGAAACACCAAAAUCCCCUGUGAUUAAUUUACCUGAUGAGACAACUGGUGCCUCACAGCUGGAAAGAAGCACAGAAAUAACGGAGACCCACACUACUGCCAUAGAGAGUGUGUCUUUUCUAGGUGAAUGUAGAGACUUCAGUAAGCAGCAGCCAGAUCUUGCCCAGAGGAAAAGAAUCCUUCCUGCUUGGAUGUUAGUAGAAAAUUUAAGUGAUCAGAACCUUUCAGCACCAGUCAUCAGUGGAGAUAAUAAUGUAAUCCAGGGAAGUGGAAAAGAAGGAAUUUGCAAAGAUAAAACCCAAGCAAAUAUAAUACAGCAAGGAAGAAAGCGAUUAAUUUCAUCAGGAAGUUCAGAAGGUACAUCAGCAGAACAAGACACAGGAAAAAAGUCCAAAAAUGCUAAUCAGGAAGAGUCUGUCCUUUCAUCCAAGGAAAUGCCACAAUCAUUUUCUUCCAUUAUAUUAAGUAACACAGAAAUGAAUAAUAUGAAGACCAAUACACGGAGAAAUGAAAUUCCAAUAGAGGAACUUGGUAAGGUUUCCAAACAUAAAACCAUCACUAAAGGCACACCAAAUAAAGAAGAUGAAGCAGUGAGCUGUUCUGAGAGUUGUUCAGGUGCCCAAGGCAAGUCAUUCCAGGAUGAGGCUCAAGGAUCUCAUCCUGAGUCUAGCUCUGAUCCCUCCAAGUCUGAAACUUUGCAUGCAAAGUCAACUGAUUCAGUUCCACAAGGUUCUGAAGAAAACCAGGUCAAAAGGACAUCCUGCAUGUAUGGGGCCAACUGCUACAGGAAGAAUCCAGUCCAUUUUCAACACUUCAGCCACCCUGGUGAUAGCGAUUAUGGAGGUAUACAAAUCAUGGGUCAAGAUGAGACUGGGGACCGGCCUGAAUGUCCCUAUGGAGCAUCUUGUUAUAGAAAGAAUCCCCAGCACAAGAUAGAAUAUAGGCAUAGUGCACUUCCAGUGAGAAGUGUUUUAGAUGAAGAUAAUGACAAUGUUGGGCACCCCAAUGAGUAUGACCUGAGUGACAGCUUCCUAGAUGAUGAGGAAGAAUAUGAGCCAACAGAUGAAGAUUCUGACUGGGAACCAGAAAAGGAAGACCAAGAGAAGGAAGAUGUGGAAGAGCUUUUGAAAGAGGCAAAAAAGUUUAUGAAAAGAAAAAAGUAACUCUUUUCUGCAAUAAUAUAUGGCUCACAUUUACUUUUUGUUUCUGGGAAAAGAUUCAGGAACCAAGGAGGUACACAAAUGAAUUAUUUUCCUUCUUUUGAUAGUUAUGGCUUUUACUAUUGAUGCUUUGUAAAUGAGACAUGGAAACAUCAGCCUUCCAUGUAGUAAAUGGAAUUUGUUUUGUUGCUUUGCCUUUUCUUUCCUAUUUAAAGCCUCUGGAUAUAGGAAGAAGACAGAGAAGUUAAAGAGUAAUAAUUGAUAUUUUUCAUGUACUUUGUAUAUUAUAAAUAAAAAGUAAAAGCCAUAGGUUGCA